AGGAUUCAGAAAGGCCUUAUUCUCCCCACGAACCAGAAGAGGAAACCAAUGAGAUUGAACGGCAGCGAUCCAAAGCCCAGGAUGCAACAGUGCAAAGCCGGCCAAGAACUCACUCACCUUCAGGCUCCACAGGCAGUGAUGGCAGUGAGAAAAAUGAAGUAAUAAGCACACAGCAAAUGUCUCAGAUUGUUUCAUGUGAAGUACGGCUAAGAGAUCAGUGCAAAGGAACAACUUGCAAUAGGUAUGAAUGUCCUGCUGGCUGUUUGGAUAGCAAAGCCAAAGUUAUUGGAAGUGUACAUUAUGAAAUGCAAUCCAGUAUUUGUAAAGCUGCCAUACAUUAUGGCGUCCUAGACAAUGAAGGUGGUUGGGUUGAUGUCACUAGGCAAGGAAGGAAAAAUUACUUUAUCAAGUCUUACAGAAAUGGCAUUCAGUCAAUUGGAAAAUACCAGUCUGCUAACUCCUUUACUGUCUCUAAAGUAACAGUUCAAGCUAUCACCUGUGAAACAACAGUGGAACAAUUGUGCCCAUUUCAAAAACCAGCCUCACACUGCCCAAG